UGCAGUACUAUGAAGCUGUUGCAUGAUUUGCGGAGCUGCAGUUUUGGCUGUUGAUUUACUUGUAUUUCCUGUCUGGUCUGAGAUGGAAGAAGACUCAACUAUCCCAAUUUGGCAGAACAAACCUUACGGCUCGUCACGCAGCUUUGUCAGAAAGAUCGGGACAAACCUGCCUUUAAAACCGUGUCCUAGAGCAAGCUUUCAGGCUCUACCAAAUGUUUCAGAUCUCUAUUUAAGUGACACCCCCCCUGUUCCCACCCUGGCAGACGUCGCAUGGAUAGCUUCAGAUGACGAAGAAACAUAUACUAGAGUCAGGACGGACUGUCGUCCUCUAAAGCACAAGUGGAAGCCCAGCCCAUUCUUUGUCAUACAGCGUAACGCCUCCGUCCCAAACUUGAGAAAGCAAGAAGAAAAGCUGUUGGCUUUGAAGAAGCCAGGUUUACCUGCCUUGAGUCGGACCACAGAACUCCAGGAAGAGCUAAGUCACCUGCGGAGUCAGAUAGCGAAAAUUGUAGCAACUGAUUCAGCUUCCUCUUCAUUAACGCCAGAUUUAUUAUCUCCAGGGAGUUCAAAUGUGUCUUCUCCCUUGCCUUGUUUCGGAUCCUCAUUCCAAUCUACAACUUCCUUUGUCAUUAGUGAUAUAACGGAGGAGGAGGCAGAACUAGAAAGUCCGGAGCUUCCAUCUGUUUCCUUGCUUUGUUCUGCAACCUCUGAAUGUUGUAAAGCAGACCCCAAGGAUUCCGACGACGAAGAUUCGGUGUCUCUGUCAAAGGCCAGCAGUUUUGCAGACAUGAUGGGCAUUCUUAAAGACAUUCAUAGGAUGAAACAGAACAAAGACUUGAAUAGAACUUUACUGAAAGAGGAGGAUCCUGCAGUUCUCAUAGCGGACGUUUUGAGAAGAAAAUUCGCCCUGAAGGAUGAAGACGUAAACACAAAGAAGAACUGACAUUAUACUCCCUUAUUACCCUGUAAGCAAAUUAUUGUACUCCUAAGAUAGUUUUUUCCCCCUCCACAGUGGCUGCCUUCCUCAAACAUCAGACUCAUCAUUUAGGGGCUAGGCUUCCUCUAAGAGGAGCUGUGGAUUUGCUGUUUUUCCACACAGCUUAGAACGAUGCAAUUUUUUAUAGGGUAAACUGUUUUCCACAACUGUUUUUUGCAUUGUUGGUAAGGAUUCUUCUGUAGUGGAACACGCCAGAGACUUGACUGAACGAUUUAAAUUAAAAACAAUCUAUUCUUAAUUUUGCUGCAAAAAAAAUGG